GCGAAUGCGGCACGUGCGUGGGGACAUGGAGAGGGGGCCACGUGCUUGAGGCAAAGAGAGAAAGGCUAGUGAGAGAAAUCACUUGUUAUUGUCCUUUUCAUUUGACUGAAGCGGAGCACUUUUGGUAAAAAACAAAAAAUUAUUAUUUUCAGACUCCUGCCAUGAAGGACACCACCACAUUGUCCUGCAGAAACAUUUCUGAUGGUGAUGGUUACACUUACCCAGUGCCGUCUUAUAUACCAUCUGCUCUACUGCAGGACGAGGACUGUGAGCAAGAGUGGAAAAAUAAGGCAGGGGAGUUUUUGUCAGAUGGACAUCAUCAUGCAAAUAAAACUGAGCACCCACUGGUUCGUAAUGAAACCAUAAAAAACAUCAAAGUCUCUGAAUGCAUCGAGCUUCACCAUUCUGUGACCUGUCAUGGAUCGAGUCAAAAGUUUAUACACACUUACCAAGUGAUCAAUGACACCGCCCUGAGUUUUGAGCAGCAAUCCAAUAGCACCACCACCAACACCACCAUCAUCUCUGUUGUCGUUCCCCUUAUUCUGAUUGUAGUCCUGAUUGUAGGCCUGCAAUACAUAAAAAGGUAUAACAAGAAAAAGAGAAGCCGUGUCAAAGGUAGUCAUAUCAAUGAAGAAGCUCAACCAGACCAAGCCAUGGAAUUGGUGAGCACCCAGAGCACUCCAAGAGCAUAUGAAGAUUAAGCUUCUCCCUCCGGUCUGAUUCUGCCUUUUCUAUAAUUGUACUUGUAUAUCUGCUUUUGCACUUUCACUACUCUUUUUUUUUGUUGUUGUUGUUGUUGCAUUUUUAACAUUUUAAAAAUAUUAAAUAGAUAAACAGAGACCUUGGAAUUAUAGGAUUCUUACAAGAUACAAGUGUUUUAAUCAUGCCAAAGCAGACAGAACAAUUUUUAUACUUCACACAUUUUAUUAUACUUUGUAGCAGUAUUUUGGUGUAAAAUAUAUUGUACUUGUAUAUCACUAGACAUACAAAAUAACACAUUUUAUAACAUCAACUUAUUUUUGCCAAUGAAAGGGAACAUAAAACAUUAUGCUUUCAACUCGAGGUUGCAUAUUGUACUAACUCCAACCAGCAAAAGCCAAAGAAUUGCUCCUAACUUGAAACUGGGGUGGUCUCCUCAACUACCAAUUCCUUUCCUGUUUACAGUGAUUGAUCUUUCACUGUAGAUCAAUCACGAUAUAGAAAUAUCUGCUUUUUAAAUCUAGAUCACUGUCUGUACGAUUUGUGGAGAAAACUAUACAUCACUCAUCACAGCUAGCUGACUUGGUGCAAACUUUGUCGAACAUUCCGAGGUGGAAAAUGACGCCAUUCCAGCCUGAAAAUUAUCAUAAAGUCGAAUGCGUAGUAUAAUUCCAAGGUCUUGAAAUGUAGAUGAGCCAGUAUUAAAAAACACUUUUAGUUUCGUAUUCAUGUUUAAAUGGUAAAAUACUUCUGCACAUUCCUUUUUUAUUAUUUUUUUUUAAAGUGAUUUUCAAUAUACUGUACCAAAAUAGACCCCAAAAUUCUCAUGAUUCAAGCUGACUCAUAAGAAGAGUGAAAAGUAAACCGGUAUUUUAUAAAAAGAUGUAUUGCUGCAUCAUUAACACUGGCUAUAGGUUAUACAGAAGAGACUGCUAUAACUGAGCUAUUAGUCAAGUUUAAUUCAGUAUUUGAAAAAAAAUCAGUCUGCCCCUUCAUUUUAUUAAAAACACUUUUUAUAUUACUGUGAAUUAAAAUGUUGCACAAAACAAUGAAGACCAAAUAACUUUUAUUAAAUCCUAAAGUAAUAUAAAAUACAGUAUUAAUAAUCAAAGAUUGUUAAAUUUGUUUUCUUAUUGUAUGUUAUUUAUCACUUCAUGCUGCCAUUUAAAUAAUGUAUUUGUUUUAUACAGCUGACCACUCUGAAUGCAGCAUUAAAGCAGGGGUGUCAAACAUGCCACCUGUAGCACUUGACCAGCCCUAUAGAGUCAUUUGUAAUCCAACCCAGCAAAUGAAUUUAGGAACCGUAAUAUUUUUAUGGACAUUUAUUUCUUUUUAAUGAAUUGCAGAGUGCACACAAUGUACUUUUCCACUAAAUUGGUCAAUAACCAACUUUUUCUGGCCCAUCAGACUAAGUAUAAUCCAUUAUGUAAGAUGCCCCUGAUUUAAAGCAUUAAUUUGUACACAUGCAAUACCUUUUUUUUUUUUUUCUUAAAAUUUUUAAAAUAUUUCUUUAUCUUAUUUUCUUUAACACUCUCACUUGAUUCGGAAUCUAAAUGUCUAUCAAGCUUUUCUGUGACUGUACAAUAAAAUAUCUGGCCUUGCUGAGUGCCUUUCUUUUAUAUAUGUAGCCUGAACUGGAGAACUCUAUAUCUUGGGUGAAUGUAGCUGUUACUGUAGAAUGAGACAAUGUGAAUAAACAUUUCUCUUUUAAUACCAC